UACACACCUCUCGCAUUAACCUACCUGAGUCAAAGUUUGGGACUGUCACGCAUGCGCACCUCCUCCUCCCCGUCAUCUGCAUGAUAUUAUAAGUGCGCCCGGCAGCGUGAGAAGUGGUUCAGUCUAGAGUAUCUGAACCGGACCGAGGGGGAAGAGGAAGACGGCGAGGGAGAGAUGGAUGACAAAAAGAAAAGGAAGAAGGAUGAAAACGCCAAAAGUGAUGACAAAGUCACGCUGAAGAAGGAAAUCGGACUCCUAAGCGCCUGCGCUAUUAUCAUCGGGAACAUCAUUGGCUCGGGGAUCUUCAUCUCACCUAAAGGAGUGCUGGAGCAUGCAGGCUCGGUGGGACUGUCGCUCAUCGUCUGGGUUUGCGGAGGAGGGAUCUGCGCUCUUGGGUCAUUGUGCUACGCCGAACUCGGUGUCACAAUCCCAAAAUCUGGAGGAGACUAUUCGUAUGUGACUGAGAUCUUUGGAGGGCUUGUAGGCUUCCUGUUGUUAUGGAGCGCUGUUCUCAUCAUGUAUCCAACAACGCUGGCAGUCAUUGCCCUCACCUUCUCCAAUUACGUCUUGCAGCCAGCCUUCCAGAACUGCUUGCCUCCGUUCAUCGCCACCAGACUCCUCGCCACCAUCUGUGUCUUGUUCCUGACCUGGGUGAAUUGCUCCAGUGUUCGCUGGGCGACGAGGAUUCAGGAUAUUUUCACUGUAGGAAAACUUCUGGCUCUAGUGCUCAUCAUUGUGGUUGGACUCGUCCAGAUCUUUAAAGGUCACUACGACGCCCUGCGGCCCAGCGUGGCCUUUGAAUUCAGCCAGGAUCCGUCGUUUGGACAGAUAGCUCUGGCCUUCCUGCAGGCUUCCUUCGCUUACAGUGGCUGGAACUUCCUCAAUUAUGUCACGGAGGAAGUCGUGGAACCACGCAGGAACCUGCCGCUUGCCAUCUACAUCUCCAUCCCACUGGUGACCCUGGUGUACACCAUGACCAACAUCGCCUACUUCACCUCCAUGACUCCAGAGGAGCUGCUCGCCUCCAACGCUGUAGCAGUGACGUUUGGGGAAAAGCUGCUGGGCAUGUUUUCCUGGGUGAUGCCCAUCUCCGUGGCGCUGUCCACAUUCGGAGGCAUCAACGGCUAUUUGUUCACCUCCUCCAGAUUGUGUUUCUCCGGAGCCAGAGAGGGUCACCUGCCGUACCUGCUGGCCAUGAUCCAUCUGAAAAACUGCACACCGAUCCCCGCCCUGCUCGUCUGCUGUAUCGCCACAGUACUCAUCAUGUGUAUUGGAGAGACACACAACCUGAUCAACUACGUGUCCUUCAUCAACUACCUGUCCUACGGGGUGACCAUCGCUGGCCUGCUCUACCUGCGCAAGAAGAGGCCCAACCUGGCCAGACCCAUUAAGGUGAACCUGUUGGUUCCCAUCACCUACCUGAUUUUCUGGGCCCUGUUGCUGUUCUGCAGUCUGUACUCUGAGCCGGUGGUGUGCGGCCUGGGCAUGGUCAUCAUGCUGACCGGCGUCCCCGUUUACUUUGUGGGAGUUCAUUGGAAAGAAAAGCCCAAGUGGAUUUACAUACUGCUGGAAAGAGUGACAUACAUGGGCCAGAAGCUGUGCUACGUCGUGUUUCCACAGGCAGACUCUUCAGAGACCGAACCCCUCACUGCCAAAGCCAUCGACUGAGCAGCGACAAUUUUUUUUUUUUUUUUUUUUUGCAUUCGCGCCUGCACUUUCAGUUUUUGGUGUUUAGGUUUUCCAAUUGUGUGCCGAGUUGUGAAGAAUCGCUGUCAUGUACUCUCUUGUACAUCUUCCCCGAAUGCAGCUGGCAUGGAGAAACAUUUAAAAGAAGAAAAAAAAAAGAAGAGAGAAACUUUUAAGACGAAUAUGCAAGCAGUUUCUGCACUUAGUCAUAUUUUUUUUAUCGCUACUUCUUUCUCCAUCACCUUUUCACUAAUCACUCUUGAUCCUCUCUGUUCAGCUGUUGUUUCUUUUUUUUAUGAUACACCACUUAUUUCAUCCUCGUAUCUGUCGCAAAUGUUCCGAGAGAUACCAUACGUGCCUUGUCGGUGUUGAAUUUUUUUUUUUUAUGGUAUUUCUCUCUCCUAGCAUGAAAAUUACAAGCUGAGAGAGACGUGAGAAUGGCAAGAAGCUUCAGCUGAACUGGAUAAAUGAAUUGUUUCAUGUCUGAGGUUGGCACCUAACAGUGUCUUCAGGUUUUCCAGAUUUAGCGGUGGACUCUUUAGAGCUGCUCACGCGACCAGAAUUUAUUGUUACCGUACAGUACUUACCACAAACCUGUUAGUGGAUAACAUUUCAGAAUCCAAAAUGGCAGCUGGCACAGGUUAAAGGCAGAAAGCAAUUUUAGAUUCUUCUUGCUUGUACCAUAGAGCAUUAAGGCAAUUGUAGAUAGAAAAAACAAAGAAGAGUGGCAAGUUUCUGGCAAAAAAAUCUGAGAUUAAUCUGAGAUUAAUUUCUGAGAUUAAUCUCAGAAAUGUUCAAUUAAAGAAAUUAGAAAUUAGAGUUUCAAAAGUCAACAAAAUUACAAAAAAAAAGUCAAUUUUGUUUAAAUUUUUUUCAGAUUAAUCUCAAAAUUUCCGAGUUUCUUCUUGAAAAUUUUGGCAGAAAUUUACAUUAAUUGUCCGCUUUGUGGCCCACAGCUCGUCCAGCCAGUUGACGUUUUAUAAACCUGCCAACUAACUUAAGGUACUGAUGACGUUUUACGCUUGUACAGAUUUUAGUCCUGUUGAUGUACUAAAGCUUACUUGAAUUUGUGUCGUCAGGUUUUUGCAUCAUACUGCCACAGGAUGGUGCAGGUGAAGUGUUUGUUUGCGUUUGAAGAGAUGGUUUCCUUUCUUCUGGAGGUGAAGUUUCAGUAGUUUUCUCAAACCAGCUCUAUAUAAACGUUCUGCGGUUAUAUAAGAGACAUUUAGAUUUGUCGCCAAUUUCUCAGCCACAUAACAUGCUCUAUAUUCGCUAAAAUUGGCUAAAAUGUCGACUUUUGUCUCAUUAGCUAGCCUCCCGUCGCUCAGGACUUUUCUACAAACUAACUGCGAUAUCGCCGCUUUCGUUUUGUUUUUUUGUGUGUAUGAGAACUUCUACUGACAAAAACUUCAAAAAUUCUCUGUUCAAGGAUGUCAAACUAUUCCUUUAAACUGUUUGGGGACCUGACCGCCAACAUAAUUUUGUCCGCGGCAUUACCUUUUAAAAAGAACUGUUACUUACUGAGGAGAUAUUGUUUGGGUUUUUUUUUUUAUUUCUUAGAAAGACAACAAUAAACUUGUGGUGCUUUUUCUAGACCCUAUGAAUUCUGGUAACUGGGCAUUUAAAAAAUAGAGAGACUCCUUAAGCCUAAAACAGGUCUGUUUUGCCAUGUCCAGGCAGUAGUUGUUGCAGUUUGUAAAUACUGUGUAAAAAAAAAAAAAAGGUGCCAAGGACUCCUGCAAAGAUCACGUUCCUCAGACGUGCUGUGAUGUCUUCACACACUACAUAACGGAUGUGUGUACCUGUGUUUGUAA